AUGUCAACGGAAGUCGUUCUUCUGCUGCUUCUUGGACUGCUUCUUAGAGGCGGAGAAAGUUUGCCGGGCGGAGCAGAUAACAGGAAAUUCAUCGCAAAGUUAAAUGACUCCAAUGUGGCGGAUCCUCUAAUUGAUGAAUGUACCUUAAUGCCAACAGGUGGCAAUCAACUCAACCUGAAGUCAGUUAUACAUGCCGUUGUUAACGAUGAUUGGGAACGGAUCCAGUUUGUGCUGCAAAUGGCGAACGAAGCAUGCACCUUGGAACUGAGCCACGCCAUCUACAAAACUUUGUGGCUAGAGUGGCAACAGGAUAAACAAAUCUACGAUCCCUUCAAGAUACUCGAUUUCUAUGAGCAACUUAACAACGAGUCGAAUGUGUCGACAGCCUUACUCGAAAAUGUAUAUCAAACCUUCGUCGCACGUAGUGCUCAGUUAAUAUCGGCACCCUUCCACACCGAUAGUCAAAGUGCCGAAUUUCCACAGGUGACCAGGCUGCUUUCACAUUUGAGACAAAGCCCACAGAGUUACGUUCGUGACAUACUCGAGACUCUGUUUGACUCUGUGCUGACUUUGGAAUCCCCACUGAGUGUGGCUCAACGUCUGGGCAAUUUCAACGCAAGUAUCACCCAAUUGACUAUGGCAAACUUGCAGCUACUGAAUCGCAUCGAAGUCGAAUUCAAUUCAAGUGCAUAUAUAACCGUUCUGGAGAAUCUUAGCCAGUUGAUGAUCCAACCGAUAUUUAACUAUGAAGUGGACAACUCUAUGCGCAUCGAAGUUUACAACCUGUUCAAUACAAGCAUCAGUUUGCUGUACAGAAGUAAGAAAGUGUGCUUCAGUAAAGCAAACAACGAGAACGUAUACUUAUUUGAGUGCCUCUCCGGGUACUUUAUGUGCAUCCACGAUCAAGACUAUGCAAGAGCGGUCUUCACGGUGCAACUGAAACUUGGUGACGCCAACAAUGAAACACAAUUUGCCUUCCAAAGCCCGUUUUGGAGUAAUCGCUAUUUAGCCAUAGACUCGACCAUCAAAGUACAGACAGAAGCGACUAGGAAUGUCGACGGUCGGGGCUCCUCCUACUGGUGGCAUGCGGCUCUGGUAAAGGGUGGCGUGGCAAUCUACGAUGCUGCCACAUCCAGUUCGGUGUUGUGUGCCGGCGAUCCAUCGCAAUGGGCUGGAACAAAUCGUUAUGCAUACACACGCCGUGCAGUAGAUUUUGAUGCACAUCGCGAAGAAUGCACCUGGAACAUCGAGGAUUGCAGCAAUAAAUAA